AUGAUUGAACUCUUUCCUUCCUCUGCGUGUGUGUAUGUGUGUAUUGCCUCCAGGGCCAGAGGGGUACAGAUGUGUGCCUGGUCCAGUGUGCUGGGGGCCGGAGGCCUACCAGCAUCAUCUAUGAGAUCAACAAGUUCCUGAUCGGGCUGCAGUGGGGUCAGGAGAGGCAGGGGGCCCAGGGGCGUAUGAUGGCAGGGCAGAGGCUGGAUGACGACACCAACCGCUCCUUUUCAUCCAUAGAGGAGGACUUCCUCACUGCCUCAGAACACCUGGGGGAUGACAGCGAGGAUGACGGCUUACGAAACGGUGAUUUAAUACAUUUUACAUUUACAUUUUUAGUCAUUUAGCAGACGCUCUUAUCCAGAGCGACUUACAGUUAGUAUUUUCUCUCAUCCUUUUGAAUACCCAUGUACUGUAUUUGAGUUCAAUGUAUUUUACUGGCAUAUGUGGUGAAUAUGAAAGUAGAGUAAUGUAGUCCUAUGUGGCUAAGUUUGUAUAGCAUGAGGAUAGCAACGGCAGGUUCGUGGGUUCGAUUCCUGCUUGGGGCACCAAUAUGAAAAUGUAAAUCUCAGUCACUGUUCUAGGUCACUUUUGACGAAAGUGUCCGCUAAAUGGGAUAAAUUAUUUAUUAUUUACAAUUCUACUAAUGUGAAGCACUCAUUUUGGGAGGAAAACUCUGACAUUUUUGUAAGGUAAUACAUUAUUUAGUAGACUACUCUCAAAACAGGUCAGUGCAUAGGUGCUGUAACCACUUUAAACGAUAACAACCUCAAUAAAAAUCAAAGUUGUUAUUGAUGUAGUGUUAUUAUAGAGUCUUCAGUAUGUAAAUCACGAAUAGUCUACAUGUUAAGCUAUUCUUACCACUGAAGAUGUCUCUCGUCUCGUUUCAAAAGGGAACGACAGACGCCCAGCCAUUUGUGCUGUUGUUCUCUUGUUCUCUCGUGCCUGUCAGUCUUCAUCUGUAAAAACACUUCUCUGUGGCUGGCUGCAUAGCUCCUUAGUGUGUGUGUGCCUCGCAUGGUGUGCCAUGCUGCUGAGGGCACAUACAGUAGAACUGAUCAAUGCCUGUCAUGAUUGAGAUUAAUAUACAAUAUAUGGCCCUGAGUUUGGCGGCACUUUUCUUCACAGUGACAAGUCUCCCCUUAUCUAUAAUUAAUCUCCUGUACGUAUUUUAAUUAAUUCUGUGUAUUUUGAAAUUUGAAUUACAUUGGGCUGAACUACACUCCAAUGUAUUUUGUAUUUUAUAUUUUCAAAAACUGUAAUUUAUAGCGGUUCACAUUUUGUGGCCCCCCUUUCACUGCAUUGGUAUCAGAAGUCUGAUAGCACUAUGGACUGAUAAAAGCAUCUGCUAAAUGAACUAAAUAUAAAUGUAUAUGUAAAAAUGAACAAUUGCAAAGCAUACUGAGUAUUAUUCUAAUGAGCUCCGCCUCUAAACAAUACCCAGUGUGCUUUGCAGUUCAUUUUGGUAUGUUCAUUUUCACAUACAGUAUACAGUUAUAUUUUGGUCACUUGCAGACAUGCUUAUCCAGAGUGACUUGCUCGACUAAGGUAGUUAAACAACAUAUCACAGUCAUUGCAAGUAAAAACAUUUUUGUAACCGAUACUAAGAAUUUUGUUGCUGUUCGGGCCGGCUACUUGCAAAUGUAUUUUGGUAUUUAAAAAUACAAAAUGCAUGUAUUUUAAUUAAAUACAUUACAAAAUGCAAGUAUUUUGUAGUUUAUAUGGAUACAUUGAUCUUUAUGGUAUUUUGUAUCUGUAUUGUUCUCAUCCCUGCCUGUAUGAAAUUAGAACCAACACUGUGUAAAGGUUCUCCUUUGAGUCAAUCUACCAGUAUUAUUCAUAAUCAGAUCAGCCUCAGAUAGUUUGCUCUUUUUUACUUUGCAUGGGGGUAGGUUAGCCUGUUCCCAGAUCUGUUUGUGUUGUAUUAUAGCCUGUGUAGCCAACUCUUAUGGUCAUUGGUAAGACAGCACAAACAUAAUUGGGACCAGCUAGGGUUUGGUUGGUAGCUAUAGUCAGGUUUGAGUGGGUAAAUGCUGCUCAGUGAAAGUCUAGUGUUAUUGCUAGCUUGGUUAAACAAUAGCUGGGUUGUCAUUGCUCUUGCUGUGGCACAUUGGGAGUUUGAUAGAACUACUCUCUAACAGGUCUGGACAUGCCUCUCUCUCUCUCUCUCCCCAAUGAGCCAGAGUGCAGUGAUGUGGCAGAGGGCUUAGCAGAUGCAGCACACAGCUGCAGACCUGCGUGUCAGAGGGGACGCCUGGGCCAGCACCAGUGGCAGGACAGCGAGGACUCCGAGGUGACCAUCUGCGCCCCCCAAGCCACCAAGAAACAAGGAGGAAGGGCACCGGCGAGAGCUAGCAGUCACCACAAUAAGGAGUCGGCCGGCCACUACGCCACCAACCUGGCUGAGUCGGUACUGCAGGACGCCUUCAUCCGCCUGUCUCAGGACGAACAGUCCUUCGCCACCGAGGCCGCUGUGAGCAUGUCCCCCGGCAGCCACCGCCCCCCCACCAGCCUCACCCGAACAGGAGCAGAGGAGCCAUCUCGGGCACGCGCCUGCUCUUUCGAGCUGCCCAAGAUCGUCAUAGUGCAGAGCCCGGAUAACUGCGAGGGCCUGCCAGAGUGGCUGGAUACUCAGGCCUCUCACGUGGCUGUGGAGCAUGGUGUUGGUGGUGAUGAUGGUGCUACCAGACAGGUAACGGUGGAACACGGACCAGAGGCCCAUGGCUUCCGCCCUACCACCACUACCAGUGGACGCCACUUCAACAAACCCCUGCAGCGGGCCCUGGCAUGCGCUGCCAGCGUCAUCGGCACCAUCUCCAGCCCACAGGUAGCAGAGCAGCUGGCGAUGGAUCCAACAGAGGAGGAUAUGGAGAGAGAGGGACAGAGGGACCCUGAGGGCACCGACUACUCCUUCUCCUCAGCCAUGUGCGGGAUGGCCCAGGUGGCGGGGGCGGUGGCCGUGGUGGAGCUAGACGAAGAGGCCGGGGAGGGGGACUGCGAGUCAGAAGAUGACUCCACCACCGAGGUCUACUCGGCCGCCUCCGUGGGGCUCCUAUCUGCAGCACAGGCCUCCACGGCCAUCACUCUCCACUGCAGCGUGGCCGAAGGGACCAGCAUCGAGGCCUUCCGUACCAGCAUUGCUGAAGUUCUUCACAAGGAGGCAGCAGGGGUGCUGGCUCAGCCCCAGGACUACAAGAGUGUGGCCCACCUACUGGAGUCCACCCACAACAGGAUCGUGGAUGGCAUUACGUCUCCCAAAAAGUCCUGUCUGGACAAGAUGGACGAGACUGAGGUGGACGAUUUCAUCAGCGAGGUGGCCAAUGGCCUCUUCAAGCACGCGUUCGAGAAAGCGAAAAAGAAAAAAGAACUGGAAGGCCCGGGCAAAGACGUCCCUGAUAUCCAGGGCUUUCUGCAGGAGAGCGUGAGCAAUGUGCUCUUCGACGUCCUUUGUCUCACUUCAAAGCGGAUCGGUGCCAUUUCCAAAUGUGAUAUAGGGUCGUUUGACAGACAAGAGGGUGAUGUCGGCUCCAGGGACUACGAGGCGGCCGCCACCACCAAGGAACCAUUAAGCCAAUUACAGCGCUUUGUUGGCUCCAGCCAGCCCGAUAAUUGUGAAGCCCACUGGGCAGAGAAGAUGCCCGUCUACUCUGGGAUAAGGGAGGACAAAUAUAGACUGGAGGAGAGGGAGAGUGAACCACAUAUCAGAGAGCAGCAGCAGCACAGACAAGCUCCAACUAAAGUCUCAUCCUCUACUAAGGACUGCUAUGACCUCCAGGGCCAGCAGGCCAGAGGAAACAUCAGAGAGCCUUUUACAGAGAGCUUAGCCCACCAGGUAUCUUCAUCCCUGGGCACAGAGAAAAGAUGGAGAGCCAGUACGGACAGCAGACAGUCUUCUCUGACCCCUCAGUCCUCUUUUAGCUCCUCCUCCACAGGGGCCUUGGUCUGCCUAAAAAUGGACUCAGAAUCGAGAACCACCCCCGUCAACUACUUUGCUGAUGACUUGGCCACCACCGUGGUCUCCAUGGCCACUGAGCUGGCCGCCAUCUGCCUGGAGAACUCCAGCGGGAAGCAGCCAUGGUUCUGUGCCCUGAAGGGCGCAGCCGGCUACUACCCCGAGGGGGGCUACCUGCUGCCCUCCUGUUGCACGGCCCUCCGCAGAAAGGAGGGCCAGAACGGCGGUGUGUCAUCCAAAAAGCACCGGCCGCCGCGCCUCAGUGAGAUCAAGAGGAAGACUGAGGAGCAGCCUGAGUUGAUGGAGUGCCUGGUCAACCGUGUGGUGGAUGAGACGGUCAACCUAGACGACAUGCCCCAGACUCUUGACCCAUUCGCACUCUUUGCCUCCGAGGUCACCGCCCGCAUCAUGAACUGCCCCGAGCUCAAUGUGGUUGACACCUCCAAGCCCGGCCAGCAGACCCGCAGCCGGCUGCAGUGUGAGAGGUGGAGCCGGGGCAAGGCCGCCAGCUACGAAAGCAUCCCAGAGGAGGACGCAGGCCCCCCGGGUACCCCCAACACCCUGGGCCCCGGCAGCCGGCUGGGCCAGAACCUGAGCAGGGGAGGCUCCAUCUCCAAGCAGUCCAGCUGCGAGAGCAUCACAGACGAGUUCUCCCGCUUCAUGGUGAACCAGAUGGAGACAGAGGGCCGGGGCUUCGACCUGCUGCUGGACUACUACGCCGGGCAGAACGCCAGCAACAUCCUGGCGGCAGCCAUGCAGCAGGCAGCCACCAAGAAGAACGGCCAUCUCAAUGUGAGGACCACCUCCUGUCUGUCCAAGCAGUCCAGCACAGAGAGCAUCACGGAGGAGUUCUACAGGUUCAUGCUCAAAGACAUGGACAAGGAGAGCAAAGACUACAGUAUGGGCAGAACUAAAGAGUGGAGCAACAGCCUAUUGCCUCCAUCUCCCAGAACGCUCUUCUGUAUCCGUCAGUCCUCCGUGCCGGACAGACGUUUCUCAGACUCCAGGCUGACCGUCAACUCGCCCAUCAAGGCCAACUCCUUUGACGGCUUUGUCCGCAAUGUGCACGGGGACACGCUCAACAUCUACCCCACCAACUCGGUGCAGGUGUCAUCCACGGGCCUGUGCAAGUCUGACUCCUGUCUGUACCAGAGGGGCCAGACGGACCAGAUCACCGACAUGCUGAUCCACGAGACCUGGUCCAGCUCCAUUGAGUCCCUGAUGCGGAAGAACAAGAUCAUUGCGGACCCAGAGGACAGCAUUGACCUGGUGGAUGCAGAGUCCCAAACCCAUGUGCUGCAGUAUGCCGACCGCCUGGCCGCAGACAUCGUGGAAACCGGGAAGUCUGUCCUGCAGGAAGGGGAUGGGGCCGGAGGAGGGGGCGUGGUGGGGCGACAGCAACACAUGCCCGUGGGGGAGAGGAGGAGAGGCUUCAAACAGUCCCGCCCUGGUUGCACCCAGAGCAGAGCCAGCCAGGAGAAACCAGGAGGGGGUGGAGACAGCACAUGUACAGCAGCGGGGCCACCCAUCAGGGGCCCCAGGGAGGUCCCUGUACCAGUGAUCCACAUCGAGACAGAUCAGAGGGAUGAUCCGGAGUCUGGGGAACCGGUGGAAAGGGUCGAGCAUCCCCGCUGGGACCCAGCGCCCCCUGAGGGGACAGCCCAGUGGUGCACUGAGAUGGCCUCAGUGAGACGCAGCAGGUAAGCCCUCUCUCAGUUCGCGAUUCCCCUGUGAAUCAAUCCCACCCUCAAACACACAAACAGGCUCUCACAGCUCUUCACAGCACAGGGGCAUCAUCAGUGGAGAUGAGAGCAUCACAGGGCUAUCACAGACUCUCAGCCUGCUUUUGAUCUGUCUGAGAGAGAGAGAGAGAGAGAGAGAGAGAGAGAGAGAGAGAGAGAGAGAGAGAGAGAGAGAGAGAGAGAGAGAGAGAGAGAGAGAGAGAGAGAUAUGGUAGUAUUUUUUUAUAGUCCUCCUUGGAAAUCAUUUUCCGAAACACCUUGAAUAGUGACCUAAUGUGUUUAUAAAUCGGAAACCAUCCAUGCGUUGUUAAACUGUUUACAGCGUUGGGUAUCAGAGACCCAGCCACAUAAUGGCUUCUACUGCAUCCACAGAGUGAAUGUAGUCUAUUGUGAAAGUCUCUGGGGUUACACACACCCACAGCCAGGUUAUGAGUCAUGUUUCUGUGUUGGAGGCUGCAGCUUUUAUCUAGAGCUAACCUUGAUCUUCAAGGUGGCAUAGAUAUGCCUGUAGUCACGACAUACCGAAGAUACUUAUAAACAUUCAUACAAGCCCAAACACACACACAAAUAUAUACUCACCCAUAUGUAUUGGGACUGUGAAGCAAAAAUGUGAAUUUGGCUCUAUCCUCCAGCAUUUUAGAUGAGAUAUUUCAUAUUAGGCGAGAGUACAGAAUGUCAGCUUUUAUUUGAGGGUAUUUUCAUACAUAUCUGUUUUGCCGUUUAGAAAUUAAAGCACUUUAUGUAUCUAGUCCCCCCAUUUGAAGAAUUCACAAGUAUUUGGACACAUUCACUUCUAUUAAAGUAAUCCAAAUGUUGGUAUUUGGUCCCGUAUUCCUUGCAGGCAAUGACUACAUCAAGCUUGUGACUACAAACUUGUUGGAUAUAUUUGCGGUUUGUUUUGGUUGUGUUUUGGAUUAGGGCAAUUCCACGCUAACAGAAUGCUCAGAUUUGUUUUAUUUAAAAUGUAUGUCAAACAAAAAGCAAUGGUUUGUGCCGUCAUUCUGUUACCAAACUUUGCAUCUGCACUGUUCUUCAAGUUAAUGUUUUUUGUAACAUUUUCUGUGGAAAUUGUUAAAAGUUGUCCUUGUGCAUAGAGUUGUAUGGUUUGUUUAACUUUGCAAUCAUUGGUUUUUGUUUGGCAUACAUUUAAGAAUCUCAGCAUUAUUCUGUUCCCCUGGAAUUGCCCGUUAUGUUUUGCCCAAUAGGAACUGAAUGGUGAAUAAUAUUUCUUGCCAUUUUGGAGUCACUUUUAUUGUAAGUAAGAAUAGAAGAUGUUUCUGAACACUUCUACAUUCAUGUGGAUGCUACCAUGAUUAUGGAUAAUCAUUAAUGAAUUGUGAAUAACUAUGAGUGAGAAGUUUACAGAAGCACAAAGAUCCCCCCAAAAUGCUGACCUCCCCAGUUAUUGGUAAUGGUGAGAGGUUAGCAUGUUUUGUUGUUGCCUCUUAACGGCAUCUCCCUCAUCAUUAUUCAUGAUGAAACAUCUUAUCUACUUAGAAAGAAAAUUACUCCUGUCAUCAUUCAGGUACUGGCAAAACAUAACCAAAAACACAACCAAAACAAACUGUAAAUGCAUCCAAUGAGUUUGUAAAGUCACAAGAUUGAUUUAGUCAUUGCGUGCAAGGAAAUGGGACCAAAUACUAAACCUUUGACUAAUUUAAAGUGGAACGGACAGCGUUUGAAUUACUUUGCAGAUAUGAAACCGACAAUCCUAAUAUCAGUAAGAAUAUAUCAAAUUCCCAGUUUAUUCUUCAAAACCAACUUUAUAAGAGUUGACUCAAAAUUCCAUGACGUACAGUAAGCCAUUGUUGGCAGAAUAUAUGGAUGCAGUUCAAUGCAUGAUAAAUAUAAUUCACCAAUACAUUUCUUGGUAGUCCAAAAAAUAUUUCUAUCAGGUUGUAACUCACAGCUUGCCUGGUACAUUGUUUGCUGCCUCCACCCAUUUGGUAUGCACUGUUUCAGUUUUAAUUACUCAAUAUUUUGAACAAAAACGGACGACUGUAACUAAGGCUGGGAAUGUCAAUACAAUCAAAUUAGCAAGGGCAAUGAUCACAAGCCAGUUAUAAGGUGGCUAAUAGGCUAGCGCACGUGUCAAACACAAGGCCCAUGGGCCGAUUAGGACACACAAGCUAGUAGAAAUUAGUCAACAAUUGAGUCAUCUACUUAAUGAAAUUACUGCCUGGUGCGCUGGCAUCAGUGAAUUCAACUUCAGUGGGCGCUGCUUUCGUGUGUCCAGUUUACAGCGCGCAGUGGAGGGAAAGUGUAAAAUGUUGCUGUCUUGCUUCGGUUAAGCUUGACAAUGAAUAACCAGAAAUCUAAACAUGCAACAAAACACAAUGCAAAGGAGAAACAUGUAGGCCUAUUACAACAACAUUUGGGCAGGAGCAUAGGCUGGCCACUCAACUACAAUACAUUUUGAGUGCACCUUACAGCAAUGCUGCAUUCAACCAAACCGAUGAUCCAUGGCUGUGCAAAAAAAUUAAAAACAUGUUUGAAGUUUAAAUGUUACAACAACCUACAGCUACCUUUUUGUUAUUUGGAGUUAUUAAAUACUUUUUGAUUAAGGUCGCAUCAUAUUAUGUACAUCUGCAAGCAGGGAAGCAAAGAAUGAAAAAAUAUUAUUUAUCUCUUCUUUUGUUUUAAUAUGUUAAAUGUGUAAUGUACAUACAGUGCAUUCGGAAAGUAUUCAGACCCCUUCCCUUUUUCCACAUUUUGUUACGUUACAGCCUUAUUCUAAAAUUGAUUAAAUAAAUACAAAUCCUCAUCAAUCUACACACAAUACCCCAUAAUGACAAAGCGGAAACAGGUUUUUGGAAAUUUUAGCAAAUUUAUAUUAAAAAAAACAGAAAUACAUUAUUUACAUAAGGAUUCAGACCCUUUGCUAUGAGACUCCAAAUUGAGCUCAGGUGCGUCCUGUUUCCAUUGAUCAUCCGUGAGCUGUUUCUACAACUUGAUUGGAGUCCACCUGUGGUAAAUUCAAUUGAUUGGACAUGAUUUAAAAGGCACACACCUGUCUAUAUAAGGUCCCACAGUUGACAGUGUAUGUCAGAGCAAAAACCAAGCCAUGAGGUUGAAGAAUUGUCAAUAGAGCUCCGAUACAGGAUUGUAUCGAGGCAAAGAUCUGGGGAAGGGUACCAAAAACUCUCUGCAGCAUUGAAGGUCCCUAAAAACACAGUGGCCUCCAUCAUUCUUAAAUGGAAGAAGUUUGGAACCAUCAAGACUCUUCCUAGAGCUGGCCGCCCGGCCAAACUGAGCAAUCGGGGGAGAAGGGCCUUGGUCAGGGAGGUGACCAAGAACUCUGACAGAGCUCCAGAGUUCUUCUGUGGAAAUGGGAGAACCUUCCAGAAGGAAAACCAUCUCUGCAGCACUCCACCAAUCAGGCCUUUAUAGUAGAGUGGCCAGACGGAAGCCACUCCUCAGUAAAAGGCACAUGACAGCCCACUUGGAGUUGGAAGAUUCUCUGGUCUGAUGAAACCAAGAUUGAACUCUUUGGCCUCAAUGCCAAGCGUCACGUCUGGAGGAAACCUGGCACCAUCCCUACGGUGAAGAAUGGUGGGGGCAUCAUCAUGCUGUGGGGAUGUUUUUCAGCGGCAGGGACUUGGAGACUAGUCAGGAUCGAGGGAAAGAUGAACGGUGCAAAGUACAGAGAUUGAUGAAAACCUGCUCCAGAGUGCUCAGGACCUCAGAUUGGGGCGAAUGUUCACCUUCCAACAGGACAACGAGCCUAAACACACAGCCAAGACAAUGCAGGAGUGGCUUCGGGACAAGUCUCUGUAUGUCCUUGAGUGGCCCAGCCAGAGCCGGACUUGAACCCGAUCGGACAUCUCUGGAAAGACCUGAAAAUAGCUGUGCAGCAACGCUCCCCAUCCAGCCUGACAGAGCAUGAGAGGAUCUGCAGAGCAGAAUGGGAGAAACUCCCCAAAUACAGGUGUGCCACGCUUGUAGGGUCAUACCAAGAAGACUCGCGGCUGUAAUCGCUGACAAAGGUGCUUCAACAAAGUAAAAGGUCUGAAUACUUAUGUAAAUGUAAUAUUUCCUAUUUUUAUAUUUUAUAAAUUUGCAAACAUUUCUAAAAACCUGUUUUUGCUUUAUCAUUAUGGGGUAUUGUGUGUAGAUUGAUGAGAAGAAAAGCAUUUUAAAAUACAUUUUAGAAUAAGGCUUUAACGUAACAAAAAUGUGGAAACUAAUGAUCUAUUGCCUCUAAACACACAGUCCAGUUUAAAAUGAAUGAUGGAGUCCACUGUGUUCUUGGGGACCUUCAAUGCUGUAGAAAUUUGUUGGUACUUCCCCAGAUCUGUGCCUCGACACAAUCCUGUCUCGGAGCUCUCCGGACAAUUCCUUCGACCUCAUGGCUUGGUUUUGCUUUGACAUGCACUGUCAACUGUGGGACCUUAUAUAGACAGGUGUGUGCCUUUCCAAAUCAUGUCCAAUCAUUUGAAUUUACCACAGGUGGACUCCAAUCGAGUAUUAGAAACGUCUCAAGGAGGAUUAAUGGAAACAGGAUGCACCUGAGCUCAAUUUCGAGUCUCAUAGCAAUGGGUCUGAAUACUUAUGUAAAUAAGGUAUUUCAGGUUUUUAUUUGUAAUACAUUUGCAGAAAUGUCUAAAACCUGUUUUCGCUUUGUCAUUAUGGGGUAUUGUGUGUAGAUUGAUGAGGAUUUUAUUUAUUUAAUCCAUUUUAGAAUAAGGCUGUAAUGUAACAAAAUGUGGAAAAAGUAAAGGGGUCUGAAUACUUUCCAAAUGCGCUGUAUAAGUGAAUUUGUCCCAAUACUUUUGCUCACCUAUAAUGGGGGGGACUAUGUACAAAAAGUGCUGUAAUUUCUAAACGGUUAACAUGAUAUGAAUGAAAAUACCUUCAAAUUAAAGCUGACAGUCUGCGCUUUAACCUCAUAGUCAUUGUUUGAUUUCAAAUCCACACUUUUGGAGUAUAGAGCCAAAAGAAGAAAAAAUGCUUCACUGUCCCAAUAAUUAUGGAGGGCACUGUAUAAGGUGACAUUCUGUACUGUCUCCUCAAAGGAAACAUUGGAUCUUAAAUCAAAAAUACUGGAGUAUAGAGCCAAAUUUAAAAAAUGUACUUCCCUUUCCAAAUAUAUAUGGAGGGGAGUGUAUAUCUCACAUUCAGUAUAUAAGAGACACAGGCUACAUACAACAGUGACAUCAUAUUGUCCUGUAAUUUGGGUCUGACAUUUCACUCAGAGGUCAAUUGUGUACAGGGACUCAGUAAGGUGAGAAGAUUCACACAGACAUUCUUGUUAAAGUGAGAGUGGCCUUCAGGGGGGCAGUGAAGUGUGGAUAUAUAGACUGCAUGGAGGCCUGCUACUGGAGUUGGACACUACAAGGAGGAGGUUACAGGAAACUUCCAAGGUCAUUCAGGUCACUUUAUUGGUGUUCCAGCAUCUUGAGCGACAAACAUUUACAGACCACGUUGACAUAGAUGACAACACAAGGUCGCACAAAUAGACAGAGCAGAUCAAAUAUACAUUUACAUGUUUAGAAAGGAAAAUAAACAAUGGGGUUUAAAUACUUUGGAGGUUAUUUACAAAUGUUGAUACCUGAAAAGAAAUCUUAGUAUCAUAUACAGGUAACUGACAAAAUAAAGGAAACACCAAUGGAGCGUUUGGCCACCACAAGCCAGAACAGCUUCAGUGCACCUUGGCAUAGAUUCUACAAGAUUCUAAACUAUCGGAGGGAUGCAACACCAUUCUUCCACGAGAAAAUCCAUAAUUUGGUGCUUUGUUGAUGGUGGUGUUCAAUUGGGUUGAGAUCUGGUGACUGAGACGGCCAUGGCAUAUGGUUUACAUCGUUUUCAUGCUCAUCAAACCAUUCAGUGACCACUAGUGCCCUGUGGAUGGGGCCAUUGUCAUCCCGUGGACCCCAUGAAGAGUAGCUGAUGCUUUUGCAGCAGCUAAUGAGGAUCCUAAUAAAUACCAAAUACCAAAUAUGAAGGGCAUAGCCAUAGUAGCCAAAAUAAUGACCUGCCCAGCAUUUUUAUGCAUGAUGGGAUGUUAAUUGCUUAAUUAACUCAGGAACCACACCUGUUUGGAAGCGCCUGCUUUCAAUAUACUUUGUAUCCCUCAUUUACUCAAGUGUUUCCAUUCUUUUGGCAGUUACCUCUAGAUUGGAUUGACACAUGCAAUAAAUAAGAUGAAAAGGAAAAUAGAUGGAAGAGAUUAUUAUAUUUAGGCUGCUAAAGGAUUGCAGGGUUUACUGGUUUUUCACUUAACACUUAAUAAACUCCAAUUAGGGAACGUGUCAUCUGCAUCUGGGUUUUUCCCUGGUGGAAAUGUGAGGUUCAUUGACAUUGACAAACAACACCUUAACCCACUCUGGGAAUUUGGCAGCUUUCAAUCAUCUAAUCAGGAUUUAAAUUAAUCAGUUGCUCUGUUGCACUACAGCCUUUCAUUUAAUUUUUUAUUUAUGGCUAAUUUGGAUAGGUACAAAUACAAAACUUCCUUUUCACACUAAAGGACCUAGGUUAUCCACCCUCUAUAAAAGGGGCACAGAUUUUAGAAAGAACAAUACUUGGUGGUGGUGGUGGGGGGUUGUAUGCAAUAUGUGAUGAGCAAGUUUCAUGGUCCCAACACAAAUGUAAAAUGUGUAUAGUCACAGUACAUAGCACACUUUAAAAAAAACUGCAUUCUUGAAUCAAGAAUUUUACAAUCUGUAUCCCCCGAACAAGUAUAGAACCAAAUCAACCAAUGAGGGGGAAGAUCACGUCAGAGGGUUUGAGCUCCUCCCAGUCUCCCAGCCUAUCACACCGUAUGUACACUCUUAGAAAAAAAUGGCUAACUAGAACCAUAAAAGGUUCCUACAGGUACAGCCUGGUAGAACACUUUAUGGAAAAAAAAUUCUAAGAGUGUAUACAGUAGGUGACCCUGCUGUUUCUCUCCAGCUUUGAGAGAGACAGGAUGGCAGUGCCCGCUGUUGUACCCGCUGUAGAUGAGCGAAACAAGCGCUCUCUGAGUGCUAGCAGUGAGGACAGCUCGGGAAGCUGGUCCCAGAUUGCCCCCGACGAUGAUCCCCACGAGGAGACCAGUAGUUUUAUCCAGCUGAGCGAGGGGUCAGUAACCGUAGCAACCAACCGCUGCUCCGUCCCAUCAUGCACUGCUCCUAGUACUCCUACCGCUACUACCGCCCUCGCCCUCUCAUCAGCCCAUUUCUGUUCACUCUUUGCUGUCCUGUGCCAGUCUUCAGCCCUUGCUGCUUCAGUGGAAUAACUGUCUGCUCAGGGGCUUUCCUCUAACUGGCAGAGAACUCACCUAGUGCACUGAGCCCCAUUCCAGAGCCAGCAUGGUGUGGAGCUCUGGGGGCCUGCAGCCUGCGCUGAAAUAUAGUCAGAGAGAGUGGGGCUGCAGCCGCAGUAGCAUAGGUAUGACGUCACACUGCUUCUCACAUAUCAAACGCCCACAGAACAUUAGCUAUCAUUCCCUGCUUCAGCCAGUGCCAUUUCUCAGUUCCACUAGCUAGCCUCAUACUGACACACAGCCAAACCAAAAACGGAGGUAGCAAGUCUAUUACUGGCAUUCCUCUAAGCCAGGAGAAAUGAGACCAUGGUAUAGAUAACAAAGAGUGGGAUAUAUACGUUUGUAUGCUCCAGAGGACAAGGAGGAGGGCUGUGUGGCUGGCUGGCUUCAGCUUGGCAGUAGUGGUGAUUAAAUGUGUGCUGCUUGCUGCUUUAACCUGCCAGCGCAGACAGCUGUGGCAUAAACAAACACCUGGUCACUGUUGCCUUCCUCUCUACCUGACCACCUGAUCCCCGAUUAACUCCACUGUAACACUGCUGACACUGGACAUGGUCACCCACUCCGCCCAACUGCUCAAUUUUUCCACAUCCACCAUCUCCACAAGGAAGGGCUCAUUGCCAGUCAGGCUCUCUCUGCCAGCCCAGCCAUCCUGCUCAGCUGCAGCUGCUGUUUCUAUGUUAAUCACCAGCUAAUGAACAACAUUGCUCGCUUCACUGCAGCUCCUUAUUGGUCCCGUCACAAGUCACUGAUCGUGUCGCCUUUCCAGAGACAGGAUAUGAGUUUUGGUUCUGUUUGGGUUUGCAGGAACGGGAACAGCAGCACGUCUAGCCUGGGUCUGGCAGACCUGGAGGGCUUCUCUGACAUCCCCAGUCAGAGCACAGUGAACAGGUAACUGAUAACUCCUAACGACAUGCAAACAACACUCCUACAACAUGCAGGCUACACUCCUACAACACAGCGCUGAGGCUUUAAACAAGGCCCUUUGAACAGGAGAAUGCAGUCUCAUAAGCUCCAGUCUGAUUCUCUCUCUAGUCUCUACCCUGUUUAUGAAGUGUGUACUUGUUCACUCCACCUCAUGAAGAGAUCAACCGAUGUAGGAAAUGAGGUGGAUGCUCCAUCUGGCUAGCUAGCCCAUGCUUACACUAAUUAAAUGUUUUUAAAUCCAUGACAGGGAGUAAGUAAAUUCACGCCAAUGGCUAGAUUAACAAAACGGUUGCACCUAUUUUAUUUUAAGGAAAUGAAACAUUCAGGAGAGAACAAACAUGUAUGGAGAAAGAUUAAGAUCGAUAGAAAGGUGCAAAAUAAUAAUAGUUUCCUUAUUUUUUACUUUGUUUUUGGAGUGUUAUCCCUUAUUGAAAAAUCUGAACGUGACCUACUGUAUUGUCUUAAUGGUCAUGUUGUCUGUCCUCAGUGAGGAGGCGGAGAAGGGUCACCUAAGGGAGAGCAAAGAGAACGUAGACGGUGGGUAAUGUCACCCUGUCUGAGUCAUACGCACACACACUGUCUCAUUUCCAUGUCAUUACUGUCUAUAUCUGUCACAAAGGAAACUCAACUCUCUCGGCCUGCCCUACUGUCUCAUCUUUGUUAUCGUUCGUCUUCGCAAUAAUUUCUAUUCAACCUCCUCACUGUAAGAUCUCUACACACGGAGUAUUCUAUGAGUAUUCAAACUCAAACUCAAAUGUCGAAAUGGUAAAUAUAUCACUGCUUUAUCACUGCCUUGCAGCUAGGUUUUUUUUUUUUAUGUCAAUAUAACAACAUUGUAUCCAGUGAUGGGGAAGCUACUCUGAAAAUAGUUUACCAAGCUACACAUACUUACAUUUACAUUUACAUUUUAGUCAUUUAGCAGACGCUCUUAUCCAGAGCGACUUACAGUUAGUGCAUACAUUUUUAUUUUUUAUACUGGAAUCGAACCCACAACCCUGGCGUUGCAAACACCAUGCUCUACCAACUGAGCUACAUCCCUGCCGGCCAUUCCCUCCCCUACCCUGGGCCAAUUGUGCGCCGCCCCAUGGGUCUCCCGGUCGCGGCCGGCUACGACAGAGCCUGGAUUCGAACCAGGAUCUCUAGUGGCACAGCUAGCACUGCGAUGCAGUGCCUUAGACCACUGCGCCACUCGGGAGGACACUACUUCACACUCUGGCUCUGUCCCAGCCGGCCGCGACCGGGAGACUCAUGGGCGGCGCACAAUUGGCCCAGCGUCGUCCAGGGUAGGGGAGGGAAUGGCCGGCAGGGAUGUAGCUCAGUUGAUAGAGCAUGGCGUUUGCAACGCCAGGGUUGUGGGUUUGAUUCCCACGGGGGGCCAGUAUAAAAAAAUAAUUAAAUGUAUUCACUAACUGUAAGUCGCUCUGGAUAAGAGCGUCUGCUAAAAUGACAAAAAAAAAAAAAAAAAAAAGGUUAAGCUACACUAAAGUUACCCUUUAGAAAAACAUAGCUUACUUGAUUAAAGUUACUUAGAAAAAGUAGUUCACUACUAAAAUCUGAAAUGUCAGAGACUAAAAAUGGCAAGAACAGAUCACUCUGGAGUCAGAUGUUAGCAGAAUGUGUAAUUUAGCCUAUUAAACACAAAAAGUGAGAAUUAGGCACACAAAAGUGUUUCAAGUUAGAAUUAGGCAGGUCUGAUGCUAUAAAAUAAUAUAAAUUCUUCACCCAUAUGUUAUUUUUGCAAAGUGUGUAGUUCCAGUAGUUAGCUACACCACUACAUGACAAAAAAUAAUAAUUAACUACUAAAAACACUACCAAGAUCUUAAUUUAGUUCAACUGCCACCAAGCUACUGCAAAAUGUAAUUAAAUAGUUGAACUAAAUGUAUUUCACUACUUCCCAACACUGAUGGUAUCAAGCCCUCCUUACCCAACCUAUCUUGAAACUAUUUGGUGCCAAAUCCAUCCAAUGUGCCAUUAGACCUUGGCGUAGCUUUGGCAUUGAAACUACAGGAAGUUAGCUUGAUGUAUACAGAAAGUGGGCAUUAUGUAUUUCCUGUGUGUGUUGCAGAGGGCAUCUCACUGCGGUCAGUGGGGGGCAGUAGCAGCCACAGGGAGCUUCUGGUGGUCAACUGUGACUUGGAUCCAGAGUGUGUGGACUCAGAGCUGCGGUUGGCCCUGCAGUGGAUCGCUGCCUCCGAGCUGGGCCUGCAUGCCGUCUACUUCAGGAAGUGUAAAGAGAGGAGGACAUCCAAGGUGGGUGAAGCACAGCACAUGCAGGUACACAGGCUCUGAUUAUGCCCGUACGUGUGUGUGUGUGUAUUGUACUCUAUUAUGUGUAGUCUUGUGGCUGAGUGUGAUGUCUCAGUUCCAGAGGGUGGUGCAGCUGGUGUCUCAGAAGGCAUGGAGGAUCAGAGACCUCUUCAGCGCUGUCAUCCAGUUCUGUAAGCUCUAUCAGGAAGAGGAGGACGGAGGCAGCUCUCUGUCCAGCCUGUUUGACUGGCUACUGGAGACCCACUAG